AUGUCACUCUCGAGCUCAGACUCCAGCAUUUUUAGUGACACCGAUUAUGGUGGUAGCAGCGAAGAAGAUGGUGAUAUUACCAACAGAGAGGAGACUAUAGAAAAUGUGAAAUUUUAUAAUAAGAUAUUAAUAAAACUAUUUUUAAAAAAUAAAAAAUAUUAUGAACAAAUAAAAACUAUAGCUCUUAAUUAUAUUAGUAAAUUAGAAGAUAUUGAAUUUUUUAAUGUAGAAAAAGUUGUAGAAGAAAGAAAUGACCAUAUAUACAAUUUUUAUUUUGAUACAUAUGACGCAAUUGAAUAUGGAGAAAAUAAAUUAAUUUAUUACAUUCAAAAUGAUUUUCAUAAAUUUAUUGAUGUUAUAAAUAAUUAUUCCAUCCCAUUCUUCUUUAGACUUAUUUUUUUGAGUUGCUAUUUUGAAGUCCUUCGAAAUGAAGAAAUAUUAAGACGAAAUACGUCUAAAAAAAACCAAAAGAAACAAACUUAUAAAGAAACAAAUUUAGAGCAUUAUAAAAUUGGUGAACCUGAUCAAACCAAUGAAAUUAUUAAAAAUAUGAAUUCCAAUUCUAUAGACAGCCUUAUCAUGGCAGCUGAAAAUGAUAUGAACAACUCAGAAAAAGAAAUGAAUACAUAUAACGAAGAUAUAGAAAGUCACACAUUAGACCAGUCUAAGUUGAGUGAUGAUGAUAAGUUGGCUAAACAGAAACUAUCCACAGAAGACGAUAAAAAAGGAAUACACUUUUGCGAUUUUAUAGAUUAUGAAUUUAACAAAGAUAAGGAAUUAAUGGAAGAAAUAGAUUUAUAUAGUGCCUGUUUAAUGAAAGGCAUUUUAUAUUCUUAUAAAAGUUAUGAAUUUUUAAGAGACAGUAAUAUAAAAUCAAAAAUAAAUAACUGCUUAAAAAUAAUAUUUGAUAAGCAUAAUAUAAAACUAAAAUGCAGGAUUGUAAAUGUUCCAUUUUUACAUAAUAUGCACAUAAAUAAUUUGCAAGAAAUAGAAAGUAAUAAAUAUAUUGGGAAAUUUAUAAGUACAGAAGGUAUAAUAACAAGAGUUGGCGAAAAAAAAAUAUUGGAAGAAUAUAAAAAAUAUAGAUGCAUGAGUUGUGAUCAUAUUAUUAAAAAAAAAGCCAUACCUGAAUUGUAUUAUAAUACUCAACCUGUUAUCAAGUGUCAAAAUGUUGUAAAUACAAAUAGCGAUCCUCAUAAAGUAGAUAUUAUGCUAUAUAAAAAUUUUAUCAAAGGAAAAGGCAAAGAUAAAGUAAUUGGCAAAGGGGGAGUAGAAAAGAAAGCCAAUUACAAUAGGAAUAAAUUCAGCAUGAAAUUCAAAGUACGAAAAAAUUCUAUGGAUGAUAAUAAUAUCCAACCGGGGAUGGUAUCUCAAAAAGUUUGCAACAAAACCAACUUUGAAUUUUUAGAAAAUGAAGUUCAAAGAGUAGAUUACCAAGAAAUAAAAAUCAAAGAAACAAGUAAUGCAAAUAUUCCAUUUUCAAUAACCGUAGUGGUAUUAGAAAAUUUAGUAGGAAAACAUUACCCUGGAAAAAAAGUAAUAAUAAAUGGAAUAAUUUUAAGGAGGUGGAAAAGGUUGUAUAGAGAUAUCAGAUGUGAUACAGAAUUAUUUAUUGAAGCUAACAAUAUUGAAGUUAAUGAAUUAGGAAAUUCAAAAGGCAAUGAAAUAUUAAUAGACAAUGAUUUUACAAAAAGCGUGCAUAGCCUUAUUAAUGAGUCGGAAGCCUGUACAAAAUUGAAGCGUCUAGAUCAGGAAAAUACUAUUCAGGGCAUACCACUAGAAAAAGAGAACUACGAACAAAAAUCACAGACAGAUAAAUAUCAAACUGGCUCAACACUUAUAAGAGAUAUGCAUGUUACAGGAACUCGGUCCCAAAAUAGAGGAAUAGAACAAGAAAUAAAUAUUUUUGAAAAAUAUUGGUCUGCCUUUAAAGACAAUAAAAUUGAAGGGAAAAAAAAUAUAUGUGAAAGUGUGUGCCCUAAUUUGUAUAAUUGUAAAAUAUCUAAACUGUCAGUAUUACUUGUCUUAAUAGGAGGCAACAAAAUAAAUGAAUUUGAUUCAUUUUAUGCUGAAAAUAAUCGUUGGAAAAAGUAUUUCAAUCGAAAUGAGGAAAAUGAUGAAAGUGACGAUAGUAAUUUUCAUGAUGACUUGAUAAAACGGAAUGAAGGUUUCGAGAAUGACGAGGGAAAAGGCAUAUUUUUAGAUAAUGACAAUAUAUAUAGGAGACAAAAUGAAGGCAAAAAAAAAAAAAAAAAUAAUAAUGUGUUAUAUGAUAGCUUGAAAAGAAAAGGAGGAAAACGAUCAAAAAAAAUGACAAAAGAAAUUUCUGUAGAUAAUUAUCAUAAAAGAUCAUUAUGCCAUUUGUUAUUAGUUGGAAAUCCAGGAACAGGAAAAUCGCAAUUAUUAAAGGAAAUAAAAAAUUUAACAAAUAUAUGUACUAAUGUAUCUGGAAUGUUUUGUACAACAGCUGGUUUAACAUGUGCAGCGAUAAAAGAAGGAAACAACUUUAUGUUAGAAAGUGGGGCUCUAGUUUUAGCAGAUAAUGGGGUAUGUUGUAUUGAUGAAUUUUGUUUAAUGAAAACGGAAAAUAAAAAUGCUAUACAUGAAGCUAUGGAACAAUUAUCUAUAUCUAUAGCAAAAGCAGGUAUAGUAGACAAAUUAAAUUGUAGGUGCACUAUUAUCGGUGCAUCAAAUUUUGAAAUACAUAAAAAUAUGAAUGGAACUAUAGAUAAAUGUCAAGAUCAAGUACUUAUUAUAAAUCUCUCAUAUGCUUUAUUAAGUAGAUUUGAUUUAGUAGUUAUAACAGAAGACAGUGAUGAAACAGAUGCCAGAGUUGCUGAUUGUGUUUUGCGUCAGGGUGAGGAUGGAACCAAUUUAGAAAAUAAAAAUGAGCAUAGCAAGGAAAAAAUAAUACAUUUGGAAAAUAGCGAAAAUGACGAACUAGCCAAAUAUGCAAAUUUUGAAAAAAAAAAUUCUGAACAAGCAAGAAAUUUUUUUACUAAAAAGAUAACAUGGCCUAGCGAAAAAUUAAAAGAAUAUAUAUAUUAUUUAAAAAAUAAUUUUUUUCCAAAUUUUACAAAAAGUUCAAAAUUAAUUUUAAUAACAUAUUAUUCGCAUUUAAGAAAAUAUAAUAAUGGAGAUAAUGGAACAACCAUUCGUUCAUUAGAAAGUUUAAUUCGAUUAAGUGAAGCUCAUUCGAAAUUAAUGUAUAAUAAUAUAGUUACAACAGAUGAUGUUAUAAAUAUUAUUUUAUUGGUUGAGCUUAGUUUACGUAGUUAUAAAAUAGGUAUAAAAAUAAAUGGAAAUAAUAAUAUUUUAAUUGCAAAGACGGGAAUUAUUGAAAACUUAAAACAUAUUUUAUUAACAUAUAAUCAAGAUAAUCAUACAUUCAAAUUAUUAGAUGAUGUUUUAUUUGAUAAAAGUUUAUAUAAUUAUUUUAAAUCUGUAAUUUUAAACAAGUUAGGUUUGUCGGAACAAGAUGGCGUUGUUCAUAGUGGCCUACAAUAG